AUGCGAGCGGGCGGGGCGCGGCGGCCCGGGGCGGCGGGGACAGCCGGGGCCGGCAGCCGGGGCGGCGGGGCCGAGCGCGCGCGAUGCCUCACUUCACCGUGGUGCCGGUGGACGGGCCGAGGCGCGGCGACUAUGACAACCUCGAGGGUCUCAGUUGGGUGGACUACGGGGAGCGCGCGGAGCGGGAGGACUCGGACGCCAGAACUUGGCUGUGUCUGCAGUAUGGGGGACACUCUGCGCCCUGGACAUGGCAACCACAGGGAGAGCAGCCCUUUCCUUUGUCCCUUGGAGGCUUCCAGAGGAAGUGACUACUACGACAGGAACCUGGCACUCUUUGAGGAAGAGCUGGACAUCCGCCCAAAGGUAUCAUCUCUUCUGGGCAAGCUCGUCAGCUAUACCAACCUCACACAGGGCGCCAAGGAACAUGAGGAAGCUGAGAGUGGGGAGGGCACCCGCCGGAGAGCCGCCAAGGCACCCAGCAUGGGCACCCUCAUGGGCGUGUACCUGCCCUGCCUGCAAAAUAUCUUCGGGGUUAUCCUGUUCUUGCGGCUGACCUGGAUGGUGGGCACAGCCGGGGUGCUGCAGGCCCUCCUCAUUGUGCUCAUCUGCUGCUGCUGUACCCUGCUGACGGCCAUCUCCAUGAGUGCCAUCGCCACCAAUGGUGUGGUUCCAGCUGGGGGCUCCUAUUUCAUGAUUUCCCGCUCGCUGGGGCCAGAAUUUGGAGGCGCUGUGGGCCUGUGCUUCUACCUGGGAACAACAUUUGCAGCAGCCAUGUACAUCCUCGGUGCCAUUGAGAUCUUGCUGACCUACAUUGCCCCGCCAGCUGCCAUUUUUUACCCAACAGGCGCUCAUGAUACAUCGAGUGCUACCUUGAACAAUAUGCGGGUGUAUGGGACCAUUUUUCUGACCUUCAUGACCCUGGUGGUGUUUGUUGGUGUCAAGUAUGUGAACAAAUUUGCCUCACUCUUCCUGGCCUGUGUGAUCAUCUCCAUCCUGUCCAUCUACGCCGGGGGCAUCAAGUCAAUUUUUGACCCUCCUGUGUUUCCAGUUUGCAUGCUGGGCAACAGGACCCUGUCCCGGGACCAGUUUGAUAUCUGUGCCAAGACAACCAUGAUGAACAAUGAGACAGUGGCCACCCAGCUAUGGAACCUUUUCUGCCACAGCCCCAACCUUACCGCUGACUCCUGUGACCCCUACUUCCUGGUCAACAAUGUGACCGAGAUCUCCGGCAUCCCCGGUGCAGCUGCUGGUGUGCUCCAGGAAAACUUGUGGAGCGCCUACCUGGAGAAGGGCGAGGUCGUGGAGAAGCACGGGCUACCUUCCACAGAUGCCCUUGGCCUGAAGGAGAGCCUGCCCCUGUACGUGGUGGCUGACAUCGCCACAUCCUUCACCGUGCUGGUUGGCAUCUUCUUUCCCUCCGUAACAGGCAUUAUGGCUGGCUCAAACCGCUCCGGGGACCUCCGUGAUGCCCAGAAGUCCAUCCCUGUGGGGACCAUUCUGGCCAUUGUUACAACCUCCCUUGUGUACUUCAGCAGUGUGGUUCUCUUUGGCGCCUGCAUCGAGGGUGUGGUACUCCGGGACAAGUACGGCGAUGGCGUCAGCAGGAACCUGGUGGUGGGCACGUUGGCCUGGCCUUCGCCCUGGGUCAUCGUCAUCGGUUCCUUCUUCUCAACGUGUGGUGCCGGCCUGCAAAGCCUCACUGGGGCACCGCGCCUGUUGCAGGCCAUCGCGAAGGACAACAUCAUUCCCUUCCUCAGGGUAUUUGGCCAUGGAAAGGCAAAUGGUGAACCAACAUGGGCACUCCUCCUGACAGCACUCAUUGCUGAGCUGGGCAUCCUCAUCGCCUCCCUUGACAUGGUGGCCCCCAUUCUAUCCAUGUUCUUUCUCAUGUGUUACCUGUUCGUGAACCUGGCUUGUGCUGUGCAGACGCUCCUGAGGACACCCAACUGGCGGCCCCGGUUCAAGUACUAUCACUGGGCGCUGUCCUUCCUGGGCAUGAGCCUCUGCCUGGCCCUUAUGUUUGUCUCCUCCUGGUACUAUGCCCUGGUCGCCAUGCUCAUUGCGGGUAUGAUCUACAAGUACAUCGAAUACCAAGGGGCUGAAAAGGAGUGGGGUGACGGGAUCCGGGGCCUGUCCCUGAGUGCUGCCCGCUAUGCACUGCUGCGGCUAGAGGAGGGGCCUCCUCACACCAAGAACUGGCGGCCUCAGCUGCUCGUGCUGCUGAAGCUGGACGAGGACCUUCACGUGAAGUACCCACGGCUCCUCACUUUCGCCUCCCAGCUGAAGGCCGGCAAGGGCCUGACCAUCGUCGGUUCUGUCAUCCAGGGCAGCUUCUUGGAGAGCUAUGGCGAGGCCCAGGCUGCCGAGCAGACAAUCAAGAACAUGAUGGAGAUUGAGAAGGUGAAGGGCUUCUGCCAGGUGGUGGUAGCCAGCAAGGUGCGAGAGGGGCUGGCCCACCUCAUCCAGUCUUGCGGCCUGGGCGGCAUGAGGCAUAACUCUGUGGUGCUGGGCUGGCCCUAUGGCUGGCGACAGAGCGAGGACCCACGGGCCUGGAAGACCUUUAUUGACACUGUGCGCUGCACCACAGCGGCCCACCUGGCCCUGCUUGUGCCCAAGAACAUCGCCUUCUACCCCAGCAACCAUGAGCGCUACCUGGAGGGCCACAUUGACGUUUGGUGGAUCGUGCACGACGGGGGCAUGCUCAUGCUUCUGCCCUUCCUGCUGCGCCAGCACAAGGUGUGGAGGAAGUGCCGGAUGCGCAUCUUCACCGUGGCUCAGAUGGACGACAACAGCAUCCAGAUGAAGAAGGAUCUGGCCAUCUUCCUGUACCACCUGCGCCUUGAGGCAGAGGUGGAGGUGGUAGAGAUGCAUAACAGCGAUAUCUCCGCAUACACCUAUGAGCGGACACUGAUGAUGGAACAGCGCUCCCAGAUGCUGCGGCAGAUGAGGCUGACGAAGACGGAGCGGGAGCGAGAAGCCCAGCUGGUCAAGGACCGACACUCAGCCCUGCGGCUGGAGAGCCUGUACUCAGACGAGGAAGACGAGUCGGCCGCUGGGGCUGACAAAAUCCAGAUGACAUGGACACGGGACAAGUACAUGGCAGCGGAGCCCUGGGACCCUAGCCACGCCCCUGACAAUUUCCGGGAGCUGGUGCAUAUUAAGCCGGACCAGUCCAAUGUGCGGCGCAUGCACACCGCUGUGAAGCUCAACGAAGUCAUCGUCACGCGCUCCCACGAUGCCCGCCUGGUUCUACUGAACAUGCCUGGCCCCCCCAAGAACAGCGAAGGUGAUGAGAACUACAUGGAGUUCCUGGAGGUGCUGACCGAGGGCCUCGAGCGUGUGCUGUUGGUGCGUGGCGGUGGCCGUGAAGUGAUCACCAUCUACUCCUGAGCCGGAUAUACACCUGUGGCUUGGAGUGGAGGUGUCCAGGGUAACAACCUCCUCCCAGCACCCACCCGACAGCCCUGCUUUGCCUGGCCCUAUCCUGGACCCAGCUUUGCUAGGUCUCCUUGGAAGACCAGGUCUGGGCUGGUAAUGGCAAUGGAUCCGAGGUUCUGCAGGAGAGGUCUGGGGAGUUCCCCAUCCAGCACCCCAGGAGGCCUGUCCUGGCGGGAGACGACUUGGGAGGGGGAGGGGGGCUCAUGGGAGAUUUGAAGGCAGCCUGCCCAGGAACGCUAUUUAUUGCAUAUUUAUUGUUUGGAUGUCACCAUCAGAGAGGAGGGGAAGGGCAACAAGGGAGGUGGGGGUCUGACCCAGCCCACCUGCAGGAAGACCUGGCUCAGGCUACCGUGGGCAGGGACCCCCACCAAGCCAAGCUGAAUGGAACUGGCCAGCUGGGGCCUGACUUUUUUCAAUAAAACAUUGUGUACUUCUGGG